AUGAGCUACUCCAGCAGCUCCUUCGGAGGCCUGGGCUAUGGCUAUACAGGCCUGGGUGGCAUGCGCCUUGGCUUUGACUCUGGCUUUGGCAGCAACGGUACCCUGGGCUCUGGCUUGGGCAGCUUCAGCACCCUGGGCUCUGGCUAUGGAGGCUAUGGCUCUGGCUUCAGAGGUUAUGGCUGUGGCUUCGGAGGUUAUGGCUGUGGUUUUGGAGGCUACGGAUACCGCCCAGGUUAUGGAUGUGGCUUCUUCCGUCCCACAUGUUGCCGGGUUUAUGGAUUCUCUGGGUUCUACUAA